GGCGCGUGCGCUCGCGUGUGAGAGUCGAGCGUGCGUCCGCGCGAGCACUCGAGGGGGUUUGCGGUGUGUGUGCAGCUUCUGGCCGACGCUCGCGCCGCGUCGCAGACUGUUCGCGCACGGCGCUGGCGGCGCUGCUCGGAGCCGGGACGUGGUGCCUGCAGCCUCCGUGCACGUACGUAAAGUCAGAGCAGCGGGGGAGACGAGUGGAGUCAAGUGGAGGAUUUCAAAGCUGAGCGGCGCAGACUGACUGGAGGAGAGCGAGGUAAACAUGCCGAGGUCUUUCUUGGUGAAAAGUAAACGGGCCCACAGCUACCACCAGCCCCGGCACCUGGACGACGACUACAGCGGACCGGGCCGUGAUGUGGGUCAUGCGUGCGCAGAGACCAAGUCUCGAGCGGACUUUGAGUGCAACUUGCCGUCGCGGGAGGACGCGAGCGCCGGCGAUGAACGCAUGUCUCCCGCCUCCAGGCUCCAGUCUCCGGGGUCGCUGUCCUCCGGCUCCCCGCUGAGCUGCGGCGGCAGCGUGUGCGACCGCUCCUCCGACUGUGAUUUCUGGCGCCCGCCGUCUCCCUCCUCCUCCCCAGAUUCAGAGAAAUCCACCGCUCUAGGAGGCGAGGGCUCCCACUUCAACAUCCCCCGCUUCCCUUACCCCUGGUCCGCGUACUCCGGCUCCGAGCUCAGGCAUCUGGUUCGGGGCCCGUAUCAGCACCACGUGCAGCGUCACUCGCCCGUCGCUCGCCUCUUCGGGGCCGAGGAAAGCGCCAAGGAGUCGCUCUACGCGCAGAAAGGGCCCGUGACGGGAUGCUACGAGGAUUAUCCCUCAGCGGCCCAUCAGAUCUGCAGGAUGCGGGACAGAGACGAACUGUAUCUGGACCUGAAGCAGGGGCCUCGCGGCGCGGAGAUCAAGUCGGAGAGUGAUUUCAUCUGCUCUAAUCUGGAGUCAAACGGGUCCUAUAAGUGCAUUAAAUGUGGCAAGGUCUUCUCCACGCCCCACGGGCUGGAGGUCCAUGUGCGACGGUCUCACAGCGGGACGCGGCCGUUUGAAUGCGGGAUCUGCGGUAAAACCUUCGGUCACGCAGUGAGCUUGGAUCAGCACAGAGCGGUCCACUCACAGGAGAGGAGCUUCAGCUGUAAAAUCUGCGGGAAAAGCUUCAAGCGCUCCUCCACCCUGUCCACGCACCUGCUCAUCCACUCGGACACGCGGCCCUAUCCGUGCCAGUACUGCGGCAAGAGGUUUCACCAGAAGUCAGACAUGAAGAAACACACGUUCAUCCACACAGGAGAAAAGCCGCACAAGUGCCAGGUUUGCGGGAAGGCGUUCAGCCAGAGCUCCAACCUCAUCACGCACAGCCGGAAGCACACGGGCUUCAAACCCUUCGGCUGCGACCUCUGCGGGAAAGGUUUCCAGAGGAAAGUGGACCUGCGGAGGCACAAGGAGACGCAGCACGGACUGAAAUGAGCAAAGGCUCAGGAAGAAAUCCUGCACUUUUAAAUGUACUGACUCUCUGUUAAUGAGCGAGUUUAUGGUUUGGUGAAUUUUCUUUAACGUUUUCCAUAUUGUUCAAUAUUUAGCCCAAAAUGUUUUGGUUGAUUUUCAUGGAAAUACAGGUUUAUUUAUUCAGUGUGUUGUAAAUUAUAAAUAUUUAAACCUAAAAACUGGUUUUUAAAACGUUCUAUUUUCUGAAUGAAUUACCUUAAAACGAGCCUCUCGACAUUAUAUGAAAUGUUUAUGUUCAGUAGCCUGAAUCAGUUUUGUAUUUACUUACUGUACGUACUUAUAUUAAACCUUUACACGUGUAUUUGCUUUAAUUAUUAAAAAAUGUUUAUUGUAA